GCCUGGUGUUGCCAGGGCUCUACCCCAGCGGUGCUUGAGGCCUCGCCCCGCCCUUGAGCGCGGCUUCUGCGUGCACGUGCACCACCCGCAGGAGCCUGAGACAGAUGAGGUCAAAGCCCUCAAGGCAGCAGCGCAGAAGAUUUUGGAGGAGCCAGCACUGGCAGCCAAGGUCGCCAAAACCACGGCUGCUGCGGAGUUUCUGGAGCAAUGUGAGGCCGCCGCUGCAGACUCGGAGCAAGCAGAGGCCCCUCAUCCAACAUUCCGUCAGCUGGAGCUCUACUUCCUGCACAACUUUAUCCCCUUCAUCGGCUUUGGUUUCUGCGACAACGCUAUCAUGAUCCUGGCCGGGGACUACAUCGACGCACGGCUCGGGCUCACCCUCGGGCUCAGUACCAUGGCAGCCGCGGCCUGGGGCAACACCUUCAGUGAUGUCAUCGGGCUUUGGAUCUCCGGUUUCAUCGAGACCUUCGUGGCCUCGACUGGGUUACAACACCACAACUUGACGAGUGGGCAGAUGGAGCUGCUGCCUGUCCGCAUCGUCAAGAACACAUCGAUGAUCGCAGGGAUCUCCCUGGGCUGCAUCCUGGGGAUGUUUCCGCUCAUCUACCCUGAGGACUGGCGCUUUUGGCCGUCUCGACAUGACUUGGAGGCUGCCCAAGAUCACCUCGAUCUCGAGCCAUCUUCCACAAACUGA